CCCAUCAUAACUUUGAUGUCUUGUGUACUUCCAUUCUUAUCUGUAUUCUCUCUCCUGGACAGUGCUGACCGGUCACAGGUGACCCUUGACCUUGAUGGGAUAGUUCAGGUGCUGGACCGCCACCUGCAUGACUCCUCCACCGGUAUGAUGACCCGCAUCGCCGUGCUCAAGUGGUUGUACCACCUCUACAUCAAGACACCUCGCAAAAUGUUCCGGCACACAGACAGUUUGUUCCCCAUGUUGCUGAAGACACUCUCUGAUGAGUCUGAUGAGGUCAUUCUUAAAGACCUGGAGGUUCUGGCUGAGAUUGCGUCAUCCCCAGCUGGACAGACCGAUUCCUCAGGCUCCUGUGAUAAUUCUGACAGCAAACUGGAGCUUCAGGUUCCUGAGGGGCGAAGCAUUCAUUCUCACCCACCAGGUUCCAAAGUAGGCGACUCAUCCCCCUCUACCCCCAGCAUGAACUCCUACUUCUACAAGUUCAUGAUCAACCUGCUGAAGCGCUUCAGUUUGGAGAGAAAGCUGCUGGAGAACAGAGGAGCCUUCAUCAUCAGGCAGCUGUGUCUUCUCCUGCAUGCAGAGAACAUAUUCCACUCCAUGGCAGACAUCCUGUUGAAGGAGGAGGACCUGAAGUUUGCAUCCACCAUGGUGCAGACGCUCAACACCAUCCUGCUCACCUCCGCAGAGCUCUUUCAGCUGCGCAACCAGCUCAAGGACCUGCGCACACAGGAGAGCUGUGCCCUGUUCUGCUGCCUGUACCGCUCCUGGUGUCACAACCCUGUGGCCACCGUGUCUCUCUGCUUCCUGACCCAGAACUACCGCCAUGCCUACGACCUCAUCCAGAAGUUCGGUGAUUUGGAGGUGACUGUAGACUUCCUCAUGGAAGUCGACAAGCUGGUACAGUUGAUCGAAAGCCCCAUCUUUACCUACCUGCGUCUCCAGCUGCUGGAUGUGGAGAACAACCCAUACCUGAUCAAGGCCCUGUACGGCCUGCUGAUGCUGCUGCCCCAGAGCCAGGCCUUCCAGCUGCUCUCCCACCGCCUGCGCUGUGUGCCUAACCCAGAGCUCAUGAGGACAGUGGAUGAGUCGAAGUACAUUGAGUCUAAGACUGUUGGCACCAAGCGUCCGGCCUACGCCCACAUGGACUACAAUGACCUGCUGCAGCACUUUGACCGGGUCCAGAGCAAACACCUGGAGGUGCGCCACCAGCGCUCGGGCCGCGCUGACCACCCAGACCGGAAGCUGGUGCUGUGACGCAGUGGGACCAUCUUAGACCCCAGAGGCAGGGCACUGUGUAAAGCCUUCACCCACGCAUGCCCACGCACGAAGACGCAAACACCCCAACCGGUAACUUAAAGGAACCAAACUGAAUGAAGACUGCUCAUCUCUUGUUUAGGAGAACCCUUGUGGUAAUAUUUUUUUGCCAUUGAACGUAGUGUAAGCAUAAAGGACAUCGAUUGUGAUUUUCUUUUUUAAACAGUGUUUUUAUUUAAUUUUUAUUAGCUUUUUUGUUCAGGUACUGGAAGUGUUGAGUUGCAUACAUACAUGAACUCUCUCGCUCUCUCUCACACACACACACACACACAGCCCAUACAUUCAUAUUUAACCCUACUUUCUCCAGACAUGUGGAACAUUUGUUUAGGCCCACCCAACCCUAGUUGGAAGAAGUGACAGGACCUUAUUGUUACUAGAGGACAAUCAAAGCUUGAAUUUAGGGCAGGGCAAAUCGCUUGCAUGUUAUGUUCGUUUUUAGUUCUCUCACUAUUUAAAGGCUUGAUGUUACUUGGCAGGCCCAUAUUCCACAGUUGUCACAAAAGACCUGUACGACGGACAUGUUCCUCCGACUCUAGUUUUAGGCUCUUCUUGUUCCUCAAAUCUAAACAACUGGACACUCCCUCCCCUGAAUUCAAGUCAUGCUUGUUGAACAGUGUUACAUAUCUCUCUCUUGGCCCCAGAACUCUCCUCCACCCUUCCCUUCUCAUUUCACUGAUUUCAUACUCUUCUCUACAGCCAGUUUCUUCCCCCCCACUGACUGCUGUGCACCCCUUUUCUCUUUUGAACUCUUAUCAUUUCUGUUCUUUUCUUAUUUCUACCAUACCUGCUUCCUGGGCAGGCCUUCUGUAGACCAACUCACCUCUUGUUAUCAAGUGAAACGUAUAAAAUAAAGUGGACCAUGUAUAAUGA